AUGUCGAGUUCGCGCCGUGCUGUUGCUCAAGACGCUGAGAGGUCUAUCAUGGCUUCCGUGGAUCGCUUUGCUGCAAAAGUGUCGCGCCGGGGCAAGACCUGGGAGUGGGUCGCCGAGAACAAAGAGCAAGGUUUCAAGGGUUAUGAGGACUCAAAGGGCCGACAAUUGGUAGCGAAGGCGGUGAGUGCCGGUUGCGGUCGUUGCAAUUGCAAUUGCUGACACGGCGAUUCAGAAGGAUUACCUUAGGCUGUUGUCGUAUUGCGUCGCCAGUAA